AUGAUUUCGUUCAGCACCGUGAGCGCUGCCGUCUUAGCCGCCGCCGCAACAUUCGCCACUGCCGACGACGGACAGACGCCAUUCGCGCCUGACCAGGCCGUAGCUCCUCCGCUGCUAGGCUUCGGUACUUGGAACCUGAAGGUGUCGCCGGACAAUACCACCGACGCCGUCUCCCUAGCUAUCCAGUCCGGCUACCGCCACAUCGACGCCGCCGCCGCCUACGGCAACCAAGUUGCCGUCGGGAAAGGAAUCGCCGAUGGAAUCGAUAAGGCCGGCCUGCAGCGCGAAGACAUCUGGGUGACGAGCAAGCUGUGGAAUGACCACCACGGUGACGCCGACGCCGUCGAAGCGGCCUUGACCAAGACGCUCGAGGAGCUCGGGCUCCAGUACUUGGACCUGUACCUCAUGCACUGGCCUGUGAGCGCGUCCGGUGACUAUGACUACGUCGAGACGUGGAAAUCCAUGGAGAAGCUGCUGCCUAACAAGGUCCGCAAUAUUGGCGUGGCCAACUUCUCCCCGCACCAGCUCCGCAAGUUGGUCAGGUCGUCGACGGUCAAGCCCGCCGUGCAUCAGAUGGAGCUGCACCCAUAUCUGCAGCAGGCCGGGUGGGUGCGCUUCCACCAGAAACACGGCAUCCACGUCACCUCGUACUCGCCCUUGGGGAACACGAAUCCCAUCUACCGCAGCUCAUCUCGUGAAGCCAAUACUCGCAAGACGGGGACGCCAUUGCUGCUGGAGAACCCGGAGCUCGAGAGCAUCGCAAAGCAGCGGGACUGCUCCGUGGCCCAGGUGGCGCUAGCCUGGGGCAUGGAGAGAGGUACGAGUGUAAUUCCAAAAUCGAGCCAUGAGAAGUGGAUCAAGGAAAACUUUGAGGCGGUCGAGUGCGGCCUAGUCGAUGCCGACUUGGACAAGAUCGAGAAGAUUGGAGAGAAGUAUCUGACGCGCUUCAACAAUCCCAGCAAGGCUUGGGGCGUUGAUUUGUUCGAAGGCCUCGAUGACGCAUGA